ACCGGCUCCCCCAGAGCGGGCGGCGCCUGAGGGCGGGGCGGCGGGGCGGGGCGGGGCCUCUUCCCCGCCCCUUCACGGCCCGCCGGGCUGCGUCCUCAGCGCGCCUGCGCCGGGGGAGGCCCGACUCCUCGCCGGCCGCCGGGCGUGCGGCGGCGUCUCUACCCGGCAUGCCGCGCGGGCGCGAAGGACCUACGUCUCUCCCCUUCCCGGCCCAGCCUCCUCUCCCCCCUCCCGCCCCGGCCCCCCCCUUCCCCUAAAGUGAGUGAGACGGGCAGAUGGAGGAGGGACUGUAAUGGCGGCGGCCGGCAGCUCCCUGCUCUGACCCGCGGGCCGGCGUACGGCAACGACCUUCCCCUCCCACCUCGCCCCUCUCCCCCGCCGCCCUCCGCCCCGCCGCCCGCGCGGGGCCACCCUCCCCGGCCCUCCUCCUCCUCCUCUCUCCCCAACCCCUAACCCCCUCACCCCCCCGCCCCAGCCGUCGGCGUCUCGCCCUGCGCCCCGACCGGGGCCCCACACACAAUGGACGAGCUCGCCGGAGGUGGUGGUGGCGGCGGCGGCAGCGGCGGCGGCCCGGGGCUGGCGGCCCCUCCAAGGCAGCAGCAGGGACCCGGGGGAAACAUGAGCCUUUCUCCCGGGGGCAACGGCGCGGCGGGAGGCGGCGGCGGCGGGGGUCCUCCGGCCGCCGAGGGAGCGGCCCCCGCGGCAGGCCCCGAGCUGUCCCGGCCGCAGCAGUACACGAUCCCCGGCAUUCUGCACUACAUCCAGCACGAGUGGGCUCGCUUCGAGAUGGAGCGGGCGCACUGGGAGGUGGAGCGGGCCGAACUGCAGGCCCGGAUAGCAUUUUUGCAAGGAGAAAGAAAGGGUCAAGAAAACUUGAAGAAGGAUUUAGUAAGAAGAAUAAAGAUGUUAGAGUAUGCAUUAAAACAAGAAAGGGCAAAAUAUCACAAAUUAAAAUAUGGCACAGAACUAAACCAAGGUGAUUUGAAAAUGCCAACUUUUGAAUCAGAAGAAACCAAAGACACAGAGGCUCCCACAGCACCUCAGAAUAGCCAGUUAACGUGGAAGCAAGGCAGACAGCUGUUAAGACAAUACCUUCAGGAAGUAGGUUACACAGAUACAAUAUUAGAUGUACGGUCUCAGCGGGUAAGGUCAUUACUUGGAUUAUCCAAUUCAGAACCAAAUGGAUCAGUAGAAACAAAGAAUUUAGAACAGAUUUUGAAUGGAGGUGAAUCUCCUAAGCAAAAAGGACAAGAUAUCAAAAGGCCCUCUGGUGAUGUUCUUGAGACAUUCAAUUUCUUAGAAAAUGCUGAUGACAGUGAUGAAGAAGAGGAAAAUGACAUGAUUGAAGGCAUCUCAGAAGGAAAAGAUAAACAUCGGAUAAAUAAGCACAAAAUAGGUAAUGAAGGUUUAGCUGCUGACCUAACUGAUGAUCCUGAUACUGAGGAAGCCCUGAAAGAAUUUGAUUUUUUAGUGACUGCUGAAGAUGGUGAAGGAGCUGGGGAAGCACGGAGUUCAGGGGAUGGCACAGAAUGGGCUGAACCAAUAACGUUUCCAUCUGGAGGAGGCAAAUCAUUUAUUAUGGGUUCUGAUGAUGUUUUGUUAAGUGUACUGGGCCUUGGAGACCUUGCAGACUUGACGGUAACAAAUGAUGCAGACUAUAGUUAUGAUUUGCCUGCCAAUAAAGAUGCCUUUCGAAAGACAUGGAACCCCAAAUACACACUACGUAGCCAUUUUGAUGGAGUCCGGGCAUUAGCAUUUCAUCCUGUAGAACCUGUGCUGGUUACUGCCUCUGAGGACCAUACUCUAAAACUAUGGAACUUGCAAAAAACAGUUCCUGCCAAAAAGAGUGCCUCUUUAGAUGUAGAGCCUAUCUACACAUUUAGGGCCCAUAUUGGUCCAGUUCUGUCAUUAGCUAUUAGUUCUAAUGGAGAACAGUGUUUUAGUGGUGGUAUUGAUGCAACCAUUCAGUGGUGGAAUAUGCCUAGCCCUAAUGUAGAUCCUUACGAUACAUAUGAGCCAAAUGUUCUAGCUGGCACUUUAGUUGCUCAUACAGAUGCUGUCUGGGGUCUUGCCUAUAGUGGCACAAAAAAUCAAUUACUGUCUUGUUCAGCAGAUGGCACUGUUAGGUUAUGGAACCCACAGGAAAAAUUGCCAUGUAUUUGCACAUACAAUGGGAACAAGGAGCAUGGGAUACCAACUUCAGUUGACUUUAUAGGCUGUGAUCCAGCUCAUAUGGUGACCUCUUACAGCACUGGUAACACAGUCAUUUACGACUUAGAAACAUCACAGUCAUUACUGAUGCUUUCAUCACAGGCAGAUUCUGGUUUACAAUCCAGUAAUCAUAUUAACAGAGUAGUAAGUCAUCCCACACUUCCUGUCACAAUAACUGCUCAUGAAGAUAGACACAUCAAAUUUUUUGACAAUAAAUCGGGUAAAAUGAUCCAUUCUAUGGUAGCUCACUUGGAUGCUGUUACAAGUCUCGCAGUAGAUCCUAAUGGAAUCUAUUUGAUGUCUGGAAGCCAUGACUGUUCAAUUAGAUUGUGGAAUUUAGACAGCAAGACUUGUGUGCAGGAAAUAACAGCACAUAGGAAGAAAUUAGAUGAAUCAAUAUAUGAUGUUGCAUUUCAUCCUUCAAAAGCAUAUAUUGCCAGUGCAGGGGCUGAUGCCCUUGCCAAAGUAUUUGUGUGAAUCAAUGAAAAUUUACAUCCUAACAUCUGAUUUGCUUGGACAGAAAGAGGGUUCUGCAUCACUGCCAUCAAAAAGGUUACUGACAUGACACUACUUGUGAUCUACCUGGUGAAGGAUACUUGGGGCAGGCAUUAAAUGGUGGACAUCACAUCUUAACGUCAGGUUCAUUAAUUCACUUGUAAUUACUGUAUUUUGUGGGACAUAAACUAAAAGGACUUCAGAAUUUGUGGCCUGUACUGGGUAUUAACUGAGAGUGUGUCUGUCUUUUAGGUAUCUUUAAGCCAAUGUGGAGUCUGAUCUUACAAAAAGACUUUUGUUUUGGACUCUGUGUGCUGCCUUAGGGUUAGGAAUGUGGUGCUCUUGUGGGGGGGAAGUGAGCUCCAAGAGUAGCUUUUUUUUUUUAUUCAUCUCUUAGUGAUUUUGUGUUAAUCAGUUGAAUGCCACAGAUUCCCUUUUAAACUUAUUUUGCUUUAAAAAAAAAAAAGAAAGAAAAUUUAACUUAAAAUAUUUUAGCAUUAGUUGCACAAAAUGUUUGGAUAAAAUUCUAGUUUUUAUAAGUCUUUUUAUAUAAUUAGCCUGUCACAACAGUGCUCAAGAUUGUAUUGAAGUUUUUCUGCAUUGUAAAACUCUAAAACACAGAGAUCUCACUGACCCGCUGCCGUGUAACCACUCUUUCCUUCUUUUGCCUAAUACAGCUCAGCUAAGUCCUUCCAUAAAGAUGCUAAAUCACCUUCAUCAUCACAUAUUUGUCUUCAUAAACCAAGGACUAUUAAGUGUAUUAAAUAAUAAACAGUGGAGUUUAGUACUCCAGUUGAACUCUUAAAACUAAUCUUGACAUCCUAUCACUAUGUGAUAUUUUGUACAUCUUACUGUAUUUACAAGUUUAUUUAUCGAGGAUUAUCCAUCUUGCUAAUAGCCUAUUAUUUAUUUCACUUUUUGUUGGUCUUUAUAUCCUUUUUAUUAAUGUGCUAAAGGAAACUGUAUAUCUAUUUUGGAACUCUUUGAAUAGUCUAAAAUAGACUAAAAAAGAAUAAUAGUUUAUGUUAGAAACCAAGGUAAUCUACCCCACCCCAGAUACAUAUCUUGGUUUACCAUGAUCCAACCAAAACUUAUCUUGUUUAAGAAUAUUUGGCAUAAAUUUUAUUUGCAUUACAAAUAGUAUACAAAAAUAGUUGAAUCAGGAUACAGAAAUCUGUGUUUGGACUAGUUACCCCUGUUUUAUUUUUCAGAUGUGCUUAAUUUUAUAGUGUAACUAAAGAUUUUGUUUGUGUAAUGCAUGAUUAAGACAAUAAAGUAUUUUUUCUAGUCUUCCAAAAAACUUUUCUGAUCAGUUGCGGUUUUGAUGAGUUUUGUAAGGUUUUUGUUUUACAAACUAUGAAUCAGCAAAUUUUUAAGAUUGUACGACUUAGCAAACUACAACUGUUGAAAAAUAAUGUAUAUAAAAUGCAUAUAAUAAAUAUUAAAUUGUGUACCUGUA